CACCACCACAGUGGGAAGAGCAGUGCGUGCGCGUUCCCCGUUGUUAGUACCGUACGAGCAGGCCUGUUAUAUCGCAGUGCUGUGUGCUACCACCAUGGUGCACGCGCUGUAUGCUCGUUAGAUUUUUAGGGAGCUGUGGAAAGAGGCAGUGAUGGCGUUGUGAAACAAAGUAUAAAGGAACAAGUUGUUGAAGUAAAAAGCCUUUGAGAAGGAUUCCAAUGUUUACUGUCAGUAAAUACGUGACAGAAAUUAACAGCGAAUAUCCUGAUGUAAAGUACUGAAAGUAGUUUUCCCAAGGAAAAUCAGUCUAUCGCGGACUGGGACGUGUUCCAGCAAUUGCCCGGAAACUGCUCCUUUUGCACUGACUCCAAAGUUACAAGCCGCUUCCCCUGAUGAUCCCGCUUUGUUUGAAACACGGCUGAAGUCACGGGCUUCUGGGAGUACUACGGGGGAUCGCUUUGUUUGGAAGCGUUACUGAGUGGGACUGGGACUUUGGAUUCCGGAUUUAGUGGAGGGACUGUCGAAGUUUCUACUGUGUUUACCUUCCCCAAGGGAGAGAAUGUAUAUGUAUACUAAGUAGCACUCUGUGAAAACCUGACAACCGUAAUAUGUUUAGAGGAGGUGUUAACUAGAUGGAACACCAUAACUCAGGAGUUACUUGUGCCUUUGAAUUCCGUUUUCCGGAUUCUUUUGUAAUGCUUUGCUGUAGUUUGAACCUUUACUUAUGUUCAGCACUGCACCAUGCGGACUAAGUGUUAUAGUUUAUUACACGUGAGAAGUUUUGAAGGUAACAUGCUGCUUUAAGUUUGGAUACCCAUCUGGACAUUUGUAAGCACAGCAGGCAGAUGUUUAGAUUUUAAUGGAUCAAAGAAUGUUGGCAGCCUUGAAACAAUAAUAUUAAAGCAUUAAUGUGCCUGUAUAAGUGGAGGCAUUUGCACAAAGCAACUUUUGUCACGGUGGCUAUUCUUGAGUUAACAUUUAAGUGUUCAACAUGAUCAAAACAGAAUCCAAGGGAGAGAGGGCAUUCAGAAGCGCUUCACCUCACAGAAAUGCAUACAAAUCGGACUUUCAGGCUAUCAAAUGCUCUUUUGAGAGUGCGAGAACAAAUAAAACAGCUAAACCAGGAUCUCGUUCACCAAGAACAAAUGGGUCAACUGACAACGGAGAGGACGCAAGAGGGAGGCCUUUUUCUGGUAACCGUGUCAAUAAAAUUAGACACAUGUUUAUGCAGAUGGGGUCACCCCCAAACGAAGUCCCCGGCGAAUCCAAAUUGACUGCUAAAUCUGACCUUCAGCCAAGUUCACCAACAAGUCCUGUCAAUAAUAAUAAAUCUUGCCUGUUCGACGUUAGUCCUACCGAUGGUAGUUUUCCUGAACAGGUCGUACAGAACGAAGAUGAUGAUUUUGACAAGGCAGCACUUGCUGAGAAGUUUUCUGAAGCAAGGAAGCUAUUUGAAAGAAAUAUUAAAGAUCAGAGCUCCAAUCCAAAUGUACACCGGUUACCAGCAGCAACCCUUUCAGGUCAGAAGGGGAAGGCGUUGUUUGACAUCUCAGACAGAAAAGAUGCAAAUACAAGUGCCUUAUCCAGGACUCCUACAGCGUCCGUUGGUGAUGAACCUAGUAGUAGUGACGUAAAAACUUCCCAUAGGCCAUCUCUCAAUGCGGGACCAAUUUCCAGGAGAUUAGAAAGUUUUUUGGCUGAUAGUGACGGAGAAGAUUCUACUAAACAAUCUAACAAAGAUUCACAGGUACACCAGUCUGCCCAAGAUGGCCAGGAAACUGUCAGUUCCAGAACUUCUGAUAGCUCUCUGUUCCUUAGCCCUGGUGGAGAGGAUUCUUCUGAAACAGUGUCCUCUUCAGUGUUAAGCAGAGAGCAGAAAAACUCAUUCAGUUGUUCAGAAACCAGUGAAAAUGGUUGUACUGGAUCUGUUUCUAGACCAAGUAAUGAUUCAAGCAGUACUGCACUUGGUACCAAUGUUGCAAUGGUUCGAGCGGAGUUGGUGGUUGUACAGAAUGAAACUUCUGAGAGUGAGGAUGAUAGUGUUGAAGAACUAGAGGAUGUUUUUAUUUCUGAAUCUGAGUCUGCAAAACAGAUACCCAGAGAAGUGGAGAAAAAUUUGAGAUUUUUAGAUUUGAAAGCAGGUGAGAUGCAGCAAAGUAAUCAAGAGAAGACACUAGACGAGGAUUUAAAUGAAAAGGGAGAUGAUGAUGAAGAGGAGGAAGAAAGCGAGGUAGAAGAAGAGUCAAAUAUAUGCCAUAAAAAUUUUGCUUCAAGAAUUUGUGGAAUAGAAAAUGCCGCAUUUGUCGAUGAUAGGGAUACAGAAUCUGUGUAUCAGUCCACUCCAAUAAGAAAGUAUCAAGAGAGUUUUGAAGAAGAUCCUGAGGAAUAUUUUGUGGAUUAUGAUUGUGAAGAAAUACCUGGUCUUUCCGAUGAUGAGGAUGUGGAGCCAAAACAAAUGGUUAAGUUCUCAACUGCACCUAUCAAGGUCUACAAAACCUAUUCCAAUGAUGAUUAUGAUAGACGGAAUGAAGAAGUUGAUCCAGUGGCUGCAUCUGCAGAAUAUGAGUUGGAGAAGAGAGUGGAGAAAAUGGAUGUAUUUCCUGUUGUUAUUGAGAAAGGAGACAGUGGCUUAGGAAUUAGCAUUAUUGGAAUGGGUGUUGGUGCAGACCAAGGACUGGAAAAACUGGGAAUUUUUGUGAAAACAGUUACUGAAGGUGGGGCUGCUCAUAAGGAUGGACGCAUUCAAGUAAAUGAUCAGAUUGUUGAAGUUGAUGGCGUUAGUUUAGUUGGAGUUACUCAGAAUUUCGCAGCCACUGUUCUGAAAAACACUAAAGGUGCAGUUAGUUUUCUGAUUGGACGAGAAAAGCCAGGGACUCAGAGUGAGGUAGCUCGGCUCAUCAGUGAAACCCUAGAACAAGAGAGAAAUCAAGACUUGCUAGAGCAGCAGUAUGCCAUGAAUGACCUGGAUACUGAAGAUCAGCAAUGUGACUUUGAAUACAUCGAAGAUGCAAUAGAAUCAGGUUACAAUGGAGAGAGCAUUGAAGUAUUCGAUCUACCUGAAAGUGAAAAUAUUGGUUUGCCACUAGAUAAAAAUGCUGGACAUCUUGCUCUUAAAUUUAGAGAGCUGCAAUUGAAACACGCAAUAACAGCAGUUGAAGUAAACCAGUUAAAAGAAAAAUUGAAGGAUACUGAAUCUGAACGUGCUGAAUGGGAAACAACCAAAUCUCGACUUCACCAAAUUGUAGAAGAAAGCAAGGAAAAAGCGAAGAAACUUGAAACAAAUUUAUUAGACGCAAAAACCUUGUACACCACGACUAAUGAACAGCUAAAAGAAAUCCAGGGACAGUAUGAUGCAUUAGAGAAGAAGUACAAUAAGGCUAAGAAGCUGUUGAAGGAUUACCAGCUGAAAGAAUCAGAUUUUGUUAAAAAGGAAAAUGAGUACAGCAAAAUUCUCAAGGAAAAGGAUGAAGAGCAAUCAGUACAAAUAAAGCUACUUAAUGAAAAGAUUGCAGAUCUUGAAGACAGAUUAAAGUUACUGGAAGAAUUACCCAAGGUAAACGACAGUAGUCCGCUUACAAACUUAAAAGAUGGGGAAUCCAGAGAAAUUGCAUUAUGCAACAUGGAUCAACAGGAUGUGCAGGAAAACACAGCCGUGGACACUAAAGAUGAAGAGAAGAGCUUGGUGGUAGCAAACAGCUGCCUUUCUGAUUUUGAUGUAGCUGUACCGGAAACUGCAAGAUUAGACAUCAGCGCAUGCAAGUCAAAAGCUCAGCUGGCUCAGAAAGUGAAGCGCCAACCACCAUCUUGGCUUAGACUACGAGAGUUCCUUCAAGUGGAUGAACUUGAACAAGAAAUGAAGGAGGAAGAUGAUGAAAAUGUUUUGAAAAUCGAAACACUUCCUGUUCAUGAAGUAGCAGAUGAAGAAAUAAUUUUGCAGAUGUCUGUACCAUGUCAUACAGAAGAACAUAAAACUGAAAGCAUGGAGUCUGCUGAGAAUAUAUUCAGUCUACGUGAUACAAGUCCCUCUACAUCUUCACAGUCUUCUCCAGUCCAUGGAAUAAACAGUGAAAAAACAUCAAGUGCAACUGUUUCGCAGUCACAUGGGACUGUUGCUUCCAGUUCUCCCACAGGUUUUCUUAGAAAUGCAAAAAAAAGGGAAUCAAAAGGCAAAGGAAAAGAAACUAAAGAUGACAAGAAAAGUGAGGACAAAACCGUAGAAGCAAAUGAAGGCUCAUCAGGUACGGGGAAGACAAAGAAACGAUUUCCUGAUUUUGGUGGUCUACGGAAAUCUGGUGGCAAAGGAAAGAAGGGUGACAAGGAAAAUCAUAGAGGCUCAUUUGAAAGUCGAGGCUCAAGAGACAUGCUGGAAAGCUGUGAUAGUAAUUUGUCACCAUCAGAUUCUAUUUCCUCGAUCCCCACCUGCAUGCCAUUUUCUUGGUUUGGUGACAGUCACAAGGACUCCCACUCAACCAGUGCACAUGAUAUUUCACAUGAACAAAACCAGGAGAAGAACAAAACAAAGAGCAGUCUGUCCUGGUCUUCUUUAUUCAGUCGUUCAAUAGAUUUGGUAUUAGAUGAUUCAUUGACAACUACAAAACAAAAUCAGUGGCAGAACAGAUCGGUUUCUGAAUGGACAAGUCAGCAAGUUUGUCACUGGCUGAUGGGAAUGAACAUGGAACAAUAUACCUCAAAGUUUAUUGCUAUGAAUAUAGAUGGACAACAGAUGAUGCAGCUAGAUAGUGACAAGUUAAAAGCUUUGGGAGUUUCCAGUCAAACUGACAGAGCCACAAUCAAGAAAAAGCUUAAAGAAAUAAAGAAAGCACAAGAGAAAAUGGAUAAACAACGAGAGAAGGUUCAAAAGAAGGAGAAGGAAAGCCAGAAGAGAGGUGGCAAGCAAGCAGCUGUUUUAGAGUCAAGUUGCUAAACUAGAUUGUUGAAUUGUAGCGCACCAAAUUAUAUAUAAUGUUGUAAAACUACUUUAUUUGUAUAUAUUGUACAGUAAAGAAAUAUUAGGUACUGAUAAAAUAGAUAUUUUUACAUAGUAUUUCAUAAAAUUAAUCAUUUUCUUAGGGUACCAACGGUUUCUUAAAUGAUUCAAAAUAUUUAAAUUUUCUACUUAAUUAACAUCAGUAGAUUAAAUAUGACUUUUUAAUUGACAGUGGUUUCAUUUUAGGAAACUAUGAUGUUAGAUUGUUCCUGAGACAUUACUUUGUUAAAAUUGCUAUAUUUCAAAGGCUGGUGACCUUUUACUGUACAAUGCAUUAGAGUAUAUUUUCCACGGUACAUUAUUCUGUCUGUAAUUUAUUUCACAUUCUUUCCAUAAAGGCUUUUUGCCAUA